UUAUAGCUCCCCUCCCAGUGGGGCAGGUGUCUGAGAAUACCGUGCAGCCCUGUCCUUCUGUCCACCCUACAGAGCCCACGGUCAUGGCAGCCCAGGUGGCUGGUGUAUCUAGGCAGCGUGCAGCCGCUCAAGGUCUUGGCUCCAACCAAAAGGCUGUAAAGUACUUGGGCCAAGAUUUCAAGACCCUAAGGCAACAGUGCUUGGACUCAGGGGUCCUAUUUAAGGACCCUGAGUUCCCAGCGUGUCCAUCAGCUUUGGGCUACAAGGAUCUUGGACCAUGCUCCCCGCAAACUCAAGGCAUCAUCUGGAAGCGGCCCACGGAGUUGUGUCCCAGCCCUCAGUUUAUCGUCGGUGGAGCCACGCGCACAGACAUUUGUCAGGGUGGUCUAGGUGACUGCUGGCUUCUGGCCGCCAUUGCCUCCCUGACCUUGAAUGAAGAGCUGCUUUACCGGGUGGUCCCCAGGGACCAGAACUUCCAGGAGAACUAUGCGGGAAUCUUUCAUUUUCAGUUCUGGCAGUAUGGAGAGUGGGUGGAGGUGGUCAUUGAUGACAGGCUGCCCACCAGGAACGGACAGCUGCUCUUCCUCCACUCGGAACAAGGCAAUGAAUUCUGGAGUGCCCUGCUGGAGAAAGCCUAUGCCAAGCUCAAUGGUUGUUAUGAGGCUCUUGCUGGAGGUUCCACAGUGGAGGGGUUUGAGGACUUCACAGGUGGCAUCUCUGAGUUUUAUGACCUGAAGAAGCCACCGGCCAAUCUGUAUCAGAUCAUCCGGAAGGCCCUCUGUGCAGGGUCUCUGCUGGGCUGCUCCAUUGAUGUCUCCAGUGCAGCUGAAGCAGAAGCCAUCACCAGCCAGAAGUUGGUUAAGAGUCACGCGUACUCUGUCACUGGAGUCGAAGAGGUGGAUUUCCAGGGCUGUCCAGAGAAGCUGAUCAGACUCAGGAAUCCAUGGGGUGAAGUGGAGUGGUCAGGAGCCUGGAGCGACGAUGCACCAGAAUGGAAUCACAUAGACCCCCGGCAGAAGGAAGAGCUGGAAAAGAAAGUGGAGGACGGCGAAUUCUGGAUGUCAUUUUCAGAUUUCUUGAGGCAAUUCUCUCGGUUGGAGAUCUGCAACCUGUCCCCGGACUCUCUGAGCAGUGAGGAGGUGCACAAAUGGAGCCUGGUCCUGUUCAAUGGCCGUUGGACCCGGGGCUCCACAGCCGGGGGCUGCCAGAACUACCCAGCCACUUACUGGACCAAUCCCCAGUUCAAAAUCCAUUUGGAUGAAGUGGAUGAGGACCAGGAGGAGAGCGUCGGUGAACCCUGCUGUACCGUGUUGUUGGGUCUGAUGCAGAAAAAUCGCAGGCGACAGAAGAGGAUGGGACAGGGCAUGCUUAGCAUUGGCUAUGCCGUCUACGAGGUUCCCAAGGAGCUGGAGAGUCACACGGACACACAUCUGGGCCGGGAUUUCUUCCUUAGCCACCAGCCCUCAGCCCGCACCAGCACCUACGUCAACCUGCGGGAGGUCUCGGGCCGGGCCCGGCUGCCCCCUGGGGAGUACCUGGUGGUGCCAUCCACUUUCGAGCCCUUCAAAGAUGGCGAGUUCUGCUUGAGAGUGUUCUCGGAGAAGAAGGCCCAGGCCCUAGAAGUUGGGGAUGUGGUAGCUGGAAACCCACAUGAGCCACAUCCCAGUGAGGUGGAUCAGGAAGAUGGCCAGUUCAAGAGCCUGUUCGAGAAACUGGCAGGGAAGGAUUCUGAGAUCACCGCCAAUGCACUCAAGAUGCUUUUGAAUGAGGCAUUUUCCAAGCGAACAGACAUAAAAUUCGAUGGAUUCAACAUCAACACUUGCAGGGAAAUGAUCAGUCUGUUGGAUAGCAAUGGAACGGGCACUCUGGGGCCGGUGGAAUUCAAGAUGCUCUGGCUGAAGAUUCAGAAGUAUCUGGAGAUCUAUCGGGAAACUGAUUAUAACCACGCGGGUACCAUGGAUGCCCACGAGAUGAGGACAGCCCUUAGGAAGGCAGGUUUCACCCUCAACAGCCAGGUGCAGCAGACCAUUGCCCUGCGGUAUGCAUGCAGCAAGCUUGGCAUCGACUUUGACAGCUUUGUGGCUUGUAUGAUCCGCCUGGAGACCCUCUUCAAACUAUUCAGGCUUCUGGACAAAGACAAGGAUGGCAUGGUGCAGCUCUCUCUGGCUGAGUGGCUGUGCUGCGUGUUGGUCUGACCUGGGGUUUUGGACACAGUGACACUCUCUGCCCCACUGCUUGCCUCUUGUCACCCCUUCUCUACAAUUUUGUGAACAUUUAUGCUCCAAUGGGAUUCACUGGUUGUUCAUAUUGUUCUUGAUUGUUGUAAUUCCCUGAGUUCCUGGCCUGUCUCAUCAGAGCAGGCUGGAGAGCCCUGGGUCUCUUUCAGCAGCACUGAGCUCUGAGCUAUGUAACCAACCGGGUGGGCCCAGUGGAGGGGAAGCAAUCAAUUAAAGCUGUGAGCCAGAAUGG